AUGAUGGAAAAAAGGCAGCCGGACCUUUGUCGUGUAGAGGCAGAGUCUGGUCGUGAAAAGUCUGAGGACUCCUCCAUCAUCACCAGAUGCGAGGAAGAGGAGGAGGACGCGAGGAUGAGGAGAAGGAGGAGGAGGAAGAAUGAGGAUGAGGAGAAAGAAGGGGGAGGGCUCUCCGCGGGGGCCGAAGAGACUGAUGACGCGCCCUUGCAGAACUCGACGAACGGGACCGUCAUCGUCAUCAACGGCGUUGCCAAGGAAACCGCCUCUCGCGACGCCCUUGACCUGAAAAGGGAAGUGCCGGUGAUCGAGCUCUCCAGGAGGGACGCUAUAAAAGCGCUGGAGCGCAGGGCGGAGAGCCAUUUGGUGCCCAUCACGGAGCUACGCAGACCUCCUCUUCCUCCUCCUCCUCUUCCUCCUCCACUGCCGCACACCCAACGAGACGACGCUCGAAUGGUCCAGCUGAGCCCUAACGCGUUUCCUGUCCCGGCCCGGGCCAUGCUCUACAACCUGGCGCAGCCUCUCGCCGCCAUCAACAGUCUUGGAGGGGAUUCUGAGCAGUACAGCAUGUACCCCAGCAACAGGGUAAAACGCCGCCCGGCGCCUUAUGAGGUUGAACUCGACGAGGCCGGCCAGCCGAAGAUUGUCCGACGCAUCUUCACCAACAGCCGCGAGCGUUGGCGGCAGCAGAACGUGAACGGGGCCUUCGCAGAGCUGCGUAAACUCAUCCCCACUCACCCCCCGGACAAAAAACUGAGCAAGAAUGAGAUCCUGCGUCUGGCAAUGAAGUAUAUCAGCUUCCUGUCCAACCUCCUGGAGGACCAGGACGGGGGGCGAAACGUUGGCGCCGCAACCGAGGGGGACACGGGGAUCCUGGUCGGGGCCCAAGAGGGGGGCCCCCAGCUGGGGCCACGUCAGGACACGGUGGUAGCCUUGGCCAGGGAUGACCUGCUGGAAACGAUGUCGCCCGGCUCAAGUUGCGGAAGCUUGCCCGAUGGUGACGCCGAGGGCAGCCCGGAGAGCUUCACGGAGGACCAGGACUCGCCUCCGGCUCCGAGGACUAUCGCGGCUUCACGCGGCCCUCCCCUCCACCUCAGGCGCAAUGGACGCCCGCUGGACGGCUCUGGCCGACGAUGA